AUGAAGCACCUGCAGAAGCUCCUGCUCGCCCUCCUGUUGGUGGCAUGUCCUCCGGCCAAAGCCAGUCACGCCUGGAACCGGAUGGUGGGAGCAGGCAGAGCCAAGGCCCCUGCCAGGCCCUACAUGGCUUAUCUGGAAGGGAAGAGCGGCCACUUCUGCGGGGGCUUCCUGGUGGCCCCCAGCUGGGUGAUGACAGCAGCUCAGUGUUUCAGCCACAAACCUCUGACUGUCAUCCUUGGAGCCCACAACAUUCAGAGAAGAGAGGAAAGCUGGCAAAUGUUUGAAGUCCAGAGGUAUCACCGCCAUCCGGACUUCACCAAUCCCAUGAAGGGAAAUGACAUCCUCCUGCUGAAGCUGAAAGGCAAUGCUACCAGCAACAGCUACGUUAGGACCAUUUCCUUCCAAAAAAUAAAGGCCUCUGGAGGGACGGUGUGCAGCAUAGCUGGCUGGGGCCACAAGGCCCCUACUGCCACAUUCCAUGAAGCCAACGUCACCAUCCACAAACAAAGGGACUGCCUAACCGUGUACCCUGGACUUGCCAACAACUUGAUCUGUGCCAACAGUGGAUCUGCUGGGGUGCCUGAAGAGGGUGACACCGGGGGCCCACUUGUCUGCAACAACAAAGCCUAUGGUAUCUUCUCCUAUCAGUAUAAGAACCGGAUUGGCUUCUACACACACAUUGCUCCCUACCUUCCCUGGGUUGACAGCGUCAUGAAGUCGGCGUGA